AUGUCACUUUUUGCCUCCAAAUAUUCAAAAUCAAGUUACAGAACGAUUACUCUUCUUGACAAUAUAUGUCUAACAAUACCUCAGUUGAAGCAAAUUCAAUCACAUUUGAUCGUAUCCGGCGCCAUUGCCGAUCCUUUUGCUGCCGGGAAACUCAUAGCCAAGUUUGCAGUUUUCGAUCUUUCUCACACUCAAGCCUUCUUUCACUUCUUGCCUCAGCGUUCAAGGAGCAUAUGGAAUACAAUGAUUAAAGCGUUCACUGAGAAUCACAAACCUGAAAAUGCCCUUUCACUCUAUAAAGAAAUGUUGGGAAGUAAUUUUUUGCCUAAUAAUUAUACGUUUUCUUUUGUUUUUCGGGCUUGUUCCGAGUUAUGUGAUGUUUCUUUGGGAUUAAUGUACCAUACCCAUGUGAUCAGAUUGGGAUGGGAGUGUUAUGAUUUUGUGCAAAAUGGGUUAAUUCAUUGUUAUGCGAGUUGUAAAUAUAUGGAAGUUGCUCGGAAACUGUUUGAUGUGAGUACGAAGCGGGAUGUGAUUACAUGGACUGCGGUGAUCAAUGGGUCUCAUGAUCAGAUUAAUGAGACUGAAUUCACAUCACUAGGAAUUGACAAACACUUAAAGUCUCUUCAAGAUGAUGCUGAUGGCUUUACAGUUGGGCAAAUUUGCCCAUGA